AUACACCUGCGCCGCCAAAAGUAAAAAGAUAAAACCGGCCGUAGCGUGUCGCUUCCGCUGCAAGCCUUAUGACACUUCUACCACCGCGAAUCAGAAAAUAAUCCGCCAGACAGUGAAGCCUUUCUACUCAUAAAAACAACUGAAUAAUUAUUGUAUUGCCUUAUUGAGCACGCAGAUAUUUUCCUAACCUCUUUCAAGCGACUAGAGUUUUGUCAAAAUUUAGUUUUGUUAUUUAUGAGGCGGCCUUUGUCAGGGAACUACUUGACAUUUCCGCAACAUCUCCCUCCGCUUAUCACGAGCCGUCGGUCCCUGCAACUAAAAGCAUUGGCGCUACAAACUCUUGCAAAAAGUUAAUUACAGAAACGUAAAGUAACACAAGAUGAACGGACGCGGUGGAACUCGUGACUUUGGCAGCAGCUGGGGCGGUGGAGGAGGGGGUGGCAACCGGGGUUCCGGCAGCUACCGCAACAGCCAGCCUGGGGGCAACCUGCGCAAGCCAGACUGGGACCGCAUGCAGCUGCAGCCCUUCCAGAAAAACUUCUACCAGGAACACCCCAACACAGCCAACCGGCCCAUGUCGGAGGUGGACGCCUACCGGCAGGCCAACGAGAUCACAGUCAAGGGACGCGAGGUGCACAAGCCCAUCCUGCGCUUCGACGAGGGCAACUUCCCUGACUAUAUAAUGAAGGGCAUUGAGGCCCAAAAGUACACCACCCCGACCUGCAUCCAGGCCCAGGGGUGGCCCAUUGCCCUGAGCGGCAAGAACCUUGUGGGCAUUGCCCAGACGGGUUCCGGCAAGACCCUGGGCUACAUUCUGCCUGCCAUCAUCCACAUCAACCACCAGCCCUACCUGCAGAGAGGGGACGGCCCUAUUGCACUGGUGCUGGCACCCACCCGGGAGCUGGCCCAGCAGAUUCAGCAGGUCUCCUCAGAGUUUGGGAAGGCUUCGAGAGUCCGCAGCACUUGCGUCUUCGGAGGGGCCCCAAAGGGCCCACAGCUUAGGGACAUUGAGAGGGGGUCCGAGAUCUGCAUCGCCACUCCGGGUCGGCUGAUUGACUUCCUGGAGGCCGGCAAGGUGAACCUGCGCCGCUGCACCUACCUGGUCCUGGACGAGGCCGACCGUAUGCUUGACAUGGGCUUCGAGCCUCAGAUCCGCAAGAUCAUAGAGCAGAUUCGGCCGGACUGCCAGACCCUGAUGUGGAGCGCCACGUGGCCCAAGGAGGUGCGGUCUCUGGCCGAAGAGUUUCUCAGGGACUACAUUCAGAUCAACAUUGGAGCCCUGCAGCUGUGCGCCAACCACCGAAUCCUGCAGAUCAUCGACGUCUGCCAGGAGACCGAGAAGGAGGACAAGCUAAUGAAACUCCACCAGGAGAUCCUGAAUGAGAAAGAGAACAAGACCAUAGUGUUUGCGGAGACCAAGAGGAAAGUGGAUGACUUGACACGCAAGAUGAGGCGCUACGGCUGGCCUGCAAUCUGUAUUCAUGGAGACAAGACACAACAGGAGAGGGACUGGGUGCUCAAUGAGUUCCGCUCUGGGCGCGCUCCCAUCCUGGUAGCGACGGACGUGGCCGCUCGUGGCCUUGACGUGGACGACGUCCGAUUCGUGAUCAACUACGACUACCCGAACUGCUCUGAGGACUACAUCCACCGUAUUGGUCGUACGGCCCGGUCGAACAAGACUGGCACGGCGUACACCUUCUUCACGCCCAACAACUCGCGGCAGGCCAAGGAGCUCAUCUCGGUGCUGCAGGAGGCCAACCAGGUGGUGAACCCCAAGCUGUACGAGAUCGCCAACAACCCGCGGGCCGGAGGAUGGGGCGGUGGACGCGGAAGCCGCUGGCGCCAGGGUGGUGGCGGCGGCGGAGGAGGUUCAUGGAGAGGCUCCGGAGGUGGUGGCGGCGGCGGAAGCUUCGUCAGCGGCGCCAACUCCAUCUCUCUGGGAUCGCGGGACAACCAUCAAUCGAACGGGAACGGCUAUGGAAACACCCACAACUACUACUCUGUCUGAGGAGGGGGGGAACCCACUCUAUUCGUUUUUCUCGUUUUGUUUUCACUCGGGCGGGUAGACCGGUGUUAAAAUCGCUCCUGGCUCGCACUUGUUUGUGAAUUCUUUCCAAGGUUUUCUGUAUAGGCAACACUCACCAAAAAAAAAGAGGAAACCAAGAUUUGUCUUCUUGUGAUAUUGUAGGUGUUUUUCUCUUUUUUUUUUAAUACUAGGAUAUCAAGUGUAUUGUGCAUUCCUCCUCGGAAGGUUUUGUUGUUAUUUAUGCCGUUGUAUCAUCUCGCAUUUAUCAUCUCCGCCGUACCACCGCAUGUUCUCGUCUGUGCAAGAAAGGGACCCUAUUUGGAGUUUUUUUUUCUUUUCGUUCUUGUGGUUAUUUUUGUAAGAGAUGAGUGUGGAAGACUGUUUACCAAGAUGUGGAAACUGGGCACCUUGGAAACAUGGACCCCCCAAGAUCUGCGGGAGAGCCGACGACUCGUGAAAGCAAUUGAGACAGCCUGUGCAUGCAUUGCAGGCUGCAGGGACUGGAAAGAACUUAGUCCUUUUUGUUUAUCUUGGAAACUGAAGUUUGAAUAAACUUAUUGGUGAACA